AUGUCGUAUAAUACUUUAAAAUGUUUAGAUUUUUAUUCAUUCUGCUUGUUUUUUAGGUCUCAAACCAAGGGACCAAGUGAGGAGUACAUCCCCGAAGCUGAUGGUAUCAUUGAGAGCAACUACGAUGGGGUUGUGGAUGCUUUCGAUGACAUGAACCUUAGGGAGGACCUCCUCCGAGGCAUCUACGCAUAUGGUUUUGAAAAACCAUCUGCAAUUCAGCAGCGAGCCAUUCUACCAUGCAUUGCAGGACGUGAUGUGAUAGCUCAAGCCCAGUCAGGCACCGGGAAGACAGCUACCUUCUCCAUUGCUAUACUUGAGAAGCUGGACCUGAGCAAUAACAACACCCAGGCUCUUGUGCUGGCACCCACCAGGGAGCUGGCUCAGCAGAUCCAAAAGGUGGUGCUUGCUCUGGGUGACUAUCUUGGAGCUCAGUGCCAUGCCUGUAUCGGGGGUACCCUGGUGCGCGAAGACAUGCGCAAGCUGGAAAGUGGUGCCCACGUGGUUGUUGGCACACCAGGCCGUGUGCAUGAUAUGAUCAACCGCAGGGCUCUUAAUACCAAAGACAUCAAGAUGUUUGUUCUUGAUGAAGCUGAUGAGAUGUUGUCUCGUGGUUUUAAAGAUCAGAUCUAUGAUGUUUUCCGGUUCAUGCCAUCGGAUAUUCAGGUGAUCCUUCUGUCUGCCACCAUGCCAUCUGAUGUGCUAGAGGUCACCCAGCGCUUUAUGCGUGAUCCUGUGAGGAUUCUUGUCAAGAAAGAAGAGCUGACCCUGGAGGGCAUUCGACAGUUCUAUGUCCAGGUGGAGAGAGAGGAGUGGAAACUGGACACCCUGUGUGAUCUGUACGAGACGCUGACCAUCACACAAGCUGUCAUCUUCUGUAACACCCGCAGGAAGGUGGAUUGGUUGACAGAGAAGAUGAGCUCCAGAGACUUUACUGUGUCUGCCAUGCAUGGAGACAUGAACCAAAACGAGCGAGACCUCAUCAUGAGAGAGUUUCGUUCCGGCUCCAGCCGUGUCCUUAUCACCACUGAUUUGUUGGCUCGAGGGAUAGAUGUCCAGCAGGUGUCUCUGGUCAUCAACUACGAUCUGCCUGCUAACCGUGAAAACUACAUUCACCG